AUGGCAGAAUCUCAAUCAGAACGCACCUGGGGCGAGGAAGCCGGUCUUCUCAAGGUCCUACAUUGGUACAAGCUAUUUGAAUCAACCACACCACCCCGACUCGGCAUGGACAUCGAAAAACGACUACCCUUAACAGCAUUCACUGCAUUCUCCGUUGGACUCGGCGUUGGUGCAAACCACGGAGCUCGAAAAGCCGCGUACCAGUUCCGAGCAGAAAACGCUCACAGAUUCCCGACGACUUCGACCGGAUGGUUCCAAUACCACAAGACGAAGAACUACAAGGCAAUUGUCGGUGGAGUAUUUGAUGGGUUUAGACUGGGAACCAGAUUAGGUGUCGGAGCGAUGGCCUUUGUCCUGUUUGAAGAGACUGUGGACUGUGCUCGUCAUGACCGUCGCGAUUUUCUAUCUACUGUCAUUGCUGGAUUGUCAUUCUCCGGAAUUUACAGUUUGCUAGCUCGUCACGAUAUCUACACCGCCGCUCGCACAACGAAGCUAGGACUGAAGCUGAGUCUGGUGUACGGGUUGACUCAAGAUGCUCUCGCUACAAUGAAGGGCAAUCGUCCUCCGUAUAUUCAGUAUAUAUUUGGACCGGGCGCUUCCAAUGAUUCCAAGCAUGUGUGA